CCCAUCAAUAAUUGCGGAGCACUUUCAACAGUCUCAGAUUACCAUCUCGGGUGGCUCCCUCUACAUUUUUUGGUCAAUUCUUGAAAGGAAUGGCAUUUUUACUGAAGGAAACUGCUCUUUCUAAACUCAGAAUCCAUUCCCAGAAGGCUGAUAAUUCAUUAACGCUAUCAAGGCGCGGAUUUCACGUCGAACCUGGGACUCGUGAGAAGGCUCUCUUAGCGGAGGACCCAGCAUUAAAACGCUUCAAAUCUCAUAAGAAAAGUGUGCGGCGCCUCAAAAUAAUCGGAGAUGCUCUGACCAUCAUAGUUGUAGCCGGGUGUUGCUAUGAGAUCUACGUAAAAGCAACAAUGCGAGAAGAAGCUCGUAAACAGGCAAACAAGAAUGCUUGAUGGUGUAAUAGCUUUUAAAAUGCACAUUCAAUGGCUUUCUUGAUAUAUUAAAGGAAUCGAAUGUGCAAGGGAAUCAAAAUCAAGUAGUUUCAAUAUUUUAGUACAUCAGACUUGUUUUUUAACCCUCUCUUGUGGUGAUGCGGAAAAUAAAGUGGUUUAAGAUGUACAGGUGAUUUCUGAAAUGACAAUAAUCGAAUGGCAAUGGAAUGUUAUGCACUCGUUUAUCAAUUUUGUGUCCAGCACUGUAAGGCAAAUGCUAUGAGAGAGUUCAUUGUGGUUUUUCUUCCUGUCGAUGUUUGAUUCCAUAUAUUUUUGUUCAAUUAAUAACUUGUAUCAUUAUUUUUUAAGGCAGAUA